AUGGUCACUCUAUAUACGUGUUCUCCGAGAGGUUUGUCCUCUCAUAAGUUCUGGGAUGAGUCUAAAGAGACCAUCUGGCCCGAUGUCUCAAUGCCUGCCCCUUCGCCCCCCGAAGAAGUCGUUGCUCCUAUUGAGCAUGACCCUUGUGCCAAUUUUUCUUUUGACAGAAUUAUAGAGGAAGAACUAAGGGCCAAGACUGAUGCGCGGAUCCUGCGGGUGGCAGUGGUUGCCAGAGAGCAACUCUUGGGGGAGUUGUACGCGCAUCUCCCCCAUUGCGAAAUAGACUGGUCGCUGGAUGAUGAGUUUGGCUGCCGUGUCGUGGGGAUGGAGUGUUAUGGGGAGUCAUUUGAAGGGACAACUGGUCUCCGGUGCCAUCUUCGAACCGAUGCGCAUGUGAAGCACGACGCCCUACUUGCCUGGGAGUGGGUUGAGUCUCCCUCCUCCUCCCCUCAGCCAAGCCAUUCUCUUCAUCAAUCACCGACUUCAAUUGCUCCUGCCUCUGAGAUGGACUUUGUGGUUGUGGAAGUUGAUGGAGAGUUGGAAGCUGAAAGAGCGAUAGACGCCUCGCAAUCUGCUGUUGCUGCUGAGUCUGGGAUUCCCGUCCUGAACGCGACCAGCAAAACGACGACCAAGACAAUGCCUGUUUGA